GUGAGCAAGAGAAUUUGCUGCUAGCCUCCAAACGGGAUCGCAGGCCGUCUGUCCGAGCAGCGGGAGUUAGACGAUUUUGUAAUCGAAGGAACAACAACAACAAAAAGAGAAGGCGGCAAGAUGACGAACAUGUUUGUGAGAGUGAAGCGAAUGAAGACAACGUAUUUUCUGCAUGUGGAACCCUCAGAGACGGUGCUUGAGGUCAAGCAGAAGCUGCAAGUGCUAUCUGACCAGCCAGCAGACGCGCAGAGACUGUUUCUUAUGCCUACGAAGCAACCGCUGGAAGAUCACAAGACGCUUGGAGAGCUGAAGGUGGAAAACGAUGCAGUGGUCGCUUUGACAUACAAGUCACCAGAUUCAGACUCUUGGGAAGCUGUCAACAUCGAGACGCCCAAGGAUUCAAGGAUGGAGAUGGAUAACCGUUGAUCAUUCUCGUAUGGGGCAGGGCUCUUUGGGGAGGGAGGGGGGUAGGGGGUUUGGGAGAAGGGAAGGGGGAAGGGGGCAGGGGUGGGAGCGAAAAAUCAUAAUUCUUGGUUUCUGUUUAUUUUGUUAUAUCCCCCUCUGGAGUGGCCAAGUCCUUUGUUUUUCUUUUGCAACAAUUUUUUUGGGCUUCAAAAAAAAAUAAAAACUGAAGAAACUA